UGAUGCAUCCCAUGCUGUUGCUUGGAAUUCUAAUAUUUGCAUACUUUAGUGGUUCUCAACAAUCUGAAAAUGCCUUCUUACAAUACUGGGAAGAGCAUAUUGGUCUUCCACACCCUCCACAUUGGUUAGCUGCAAAGGCUUCUCCAUUAAGCCCCCAACAGACGGCAGCAUUUAUGAAACUUAUGAAGAAAAAUGAAUUAUCUUCUCAUUUGCGUUUGUUUUGUAAGCAGGCUAAUAUUGCUUGUUCUACACAUGCGCUCGCGAAGAAGACAACGGAUAACACAACCCUACCACCAAUAGCUCAAUGGAAUAUUGCCAAAGUGACAUAUGAUUAUCCAAACAAAACACCCUUGUUGGUUGCCAGACAAGGGGGAUUGCCAUAUUUCCGGGAGUCAAUGGUGAAAGAGGGAGGUUUCAUACCUAUCCCUGAUCUAAGAGACCCAAUGUCAUAUAAAUCAUUCUUGCCGCGAUCUUUGGCAUCAAAAAUCCCAUUUUCCUUUCUCCGGAUUAUGGAAUUGAAGAAUCUUUUUGGUGUGGUGGAUGAAUCAAUCAUGGAUGAGUAUAUUCAAGACACCCUCAAGGUAUGUAAGAAGAAUCCCAUUCGAGGUGAGCAGACCACCUGUGCAACUUCCGCCGAGGAUCUCAUUAAUUUUGUUGUCAAGAAAUUAGGGAACCGUGUACGUGUAUGGAGUACUGAGAGCGUCGAAGGAUCUUAUGAGAAUGUCUCAAUUGGAGCUGUGAAACUCAUCCAUGGAAACCUUUCCGAACCGCCAGCCUUGUGUCAUAGUCAGCCAUUUCCAUUUCAAGUCUAUUAUUGCCAUAUUUUACAGAAAGUAAAAGUAUAUGUAGUUGAUAUACAUGCUGAGAAGAAAGUGAAUCAUGCGAUCAUGGCAUGUCACUAUGACACAUCAACUUGGAAUCCAAACCAUCUUGCUUUUAAGCUUUUGGGCUUUGGCCCAGGCCUAAUGGAAGUCUGUCAUUGGAUAAAUGAGAAUGGAGUCAUCUGGACAAAGACUCAAGGUUGAGCAGCAUUUGAAGAUUUGAUUAUCUUCUAGUUCUCUUUUUUU